CACUGUACUGUAUGUUUUUCUGGGUUAGGGAUAGCUCUCUUAUAAACCAGCAGCAACUAUAGCAGAGAGAAGGAAAAGGAGGAGCAGAGAGGAACUGUCUGGAGACAGAAUCGCAAACCAGGAGAGAGAAGCCAACUCCGUCCGACUUCGAUAUGGCUAUGAAGAUGCAAGUCCUUCUUCUCUUGGUCUCUUGGUUCGUCCAGGGGCAAUCUGUUCCAGGCUCAGUUGAAGGAUACCCAGAAAAAUUCCCACCUGCCCGCCCCACUGCCAAGAAUAUCGGGAACAUCUGCAAGGGUGGGGGUAAGAAGCUGUCGCACUACCAGGACCUGAAAGACUCAGAUCUCUUAGACGUCUACAGCACGCAAGAUGUCCUCGUCGAAGUGGGAUCCGCACUGGACAUGUGUUGCAAGCAAAAGGAGCAACUCCCUUGCGCCGAGAAAGCUUGGUCUAUCGUCCUGAACAAGAUGUGCACAAAGCAAGGCGCAGUAAAGAUGGUGCAGCAUGAGUGCUGUGGAAAGAGUGGUGCCGCCAGGGAAAACUGUUUUGACAAGAAGUCCCCCUUCCCAAAUUACGACUUCGAGAACUGA